CUCCAUCACUGUCACUGCUAAACCCUAAGAAUCCUCUGCAAUUUCGCAAUUCUGUGAAGAAGGAAAAAAAAAACCCUAGUAAGCUUCAUCCGCCGCCGGCUAAUAUUGAUGGCGGACCAAUCUUCGGAUAUCGUCAACACUCUGUCGUCGGAGAUGGAGGCUGUUUCCGUUUCAUCAACUCAAGCAUCUUCUUCGUCUGAUGGAUUACAGAUGAGUGAAGAAGUUGAGAAGAGAUACAAAAUUGUUAGGAGCAUCGGUGAGGAAUGUAUACAAGAGGAAGAGCUAAAGAAUCUUCUUGCUAAGAAGGCUGCUCCGAUUUGCUACGACGGCUUUGAACCAUCAGGAAGAAUGCACAUUGCUCAGGGAGUGAUGAAAGUCAUCAAUGUGAACAAAAUGACUUCAGCUGGUUGCAGAGUGAAGAUUUGGAUUGCUGAUUGGUUUGCUCAGUUGAACAAUAAAAUGGGAGGUGACUUGAAGAAAAUUAGAGUGGUUGGAGAAUAUUUUCAAGAGAUUUGGAAGGCUGCUGGGAUGGACAAUGAUAAAGUGGAGUUUUUGUGGUCUUCUGAAGAAAUCAAUUCUAAGGCGGAUAAGUAUUGGCCUCUUGUGAUGGACAUUGCUCGCAAAAACAAGUUGCCUAGGAUCUUAAGGUGUGUGCAGAUUAUGGGACGUAGUGAGACCGAUGAACUGAGUGCUGCCCAGAUCCUUUACCCAUGCAUGCAAUGUGCAGAUAUUUUUUUCCUUGAGGCUGAUAUUUGCCAGCUUGGGAUGGAUCAAAGAAAAGUAAACGUGCUAGCGAGAGAAUACUGUGAUGACAUAAAGAGGAAAAACAAACCGAUAAUCUUGUCACACCAUAUGCUUCCUGGUCUACAACAAGGACAAGAAAAAAUGUCCAAAAGUGAUCCAUUAUCUGCCAUCUUUAUGGAAGAUGAGGAGGCUGAAGUUAAUGUAAAGAUCAAGAAAGCUUACUGUCCUCCAAAAAUUGUGCAAGGCAAUCCAUGCCUUGAAUACAUUAAAUACAUCAUUCUACCGUGGUUUGAUGAGUUCACAGUUGAGCGAAAUGAAGAAUAUGGCGGUAACAAGACCUACAAAAGCUUUGAAGAGAUUGCUGCUGAAUAUGAGAGCGGAGAGUUGCACCCUGGGGAUCUAAAGAAAGGCCUGAUGAAUGCGUUGAAUAAGAUCUUGCAACCUGUUCGUGAUCACUUCAAAACAGACGCACGGGCCAAGAAUCUGCUCAAACAGAUCAAGGCUUACAGAGUCACCAGAUAAAAUUACAGAGCCAGAAUGUGUCAUUGUUUGGACAAAGCUUUCUCUCACUUUAUGAAAGCUAUUAUUACCAAAACACACUGUAAAACUCCUGGAGUUUGUUUAUUUGGUAUAUCAGAUGCUACUUACUACAAUUACCAAUGUUUGUGGUCAAUAAAAUACAUUCUUUUAUGAUAA